AACUUGAUGAUUACCAGGAACGAAUGAAUAAGGGAGAACGUCUGAAUCAAGAUCAACUGGAUGCAGUGUCAAAGUAUCAGGAAGUGACAAAUAAUCUGGAGUUUGCUAAAGAGCUGCAGAGGAGUUUUAUGGCUCUGAGCCAAGAUAUCCAGAAAACAAUAAAAAAGACAGCUCGCAGGGAGCAAUUGAUGCGAGAAGAAGCUGAGCAGAAACGUUUAAAGACUGUGCUAGAAUUACAGUUUAUUUUGGACAAGUUGGGUGAUGAUGAAGUACGCAGUGACUUGAAACAAGGAACAAAUGGGGUACCGGUACUGACAGAGGAGGAGCUGACAACGCUGGAUGAAUUUUACAAGCUAGUUUAUCCUGAAAGAGACAUGAACAUGAGGUUGAAUGAGCAAUAUGAGCAAGCAUCUGUUCACCUGUGGGACUUACUGGAGGGGAAGGAAAAACCUGUUUGUGGAACAACCUAUAAAACUCUAAAGGAGAUGGUUGAACGUAUUCUUCAAACAAGUUACUUUGAUAGCACCCACAACCACCAGAAUGGAUUGUGUGAGGAAGAAGAGACAGCACCCACACCUGCAGUGGAAGAUCCUGUAGCAGAAGCUGAACCUGAUCCGGCAGAAGAAUUUACUGAACCAACUGAAGUUGAAUCAACUGAGUAUGUAAACAGACAAUUCAUGGCAGAGACUCAGUUCAGCAGUAGUGAGAAGGAACAGGUAGAUGAGUGGACAGUUGAAACGGUUGAGGUUGUAAAUUCGCUCCAGCAACAGACACAAGCAACAUCUCCUCCAGUUCCUGAACCUCACACGCUCACUACUGUGGCUCAGGCAGACCCUCUGGUUAGAAGACAGCGAGUGCAGGACCUUAUGGCACAGAUGCAGGGCCCAUAUAACUUCAUGCAGGAUUCUAUGCUGGAGUUUGAGAACCAAGCACUUGAUCCUGCCAUUGUAUCUGCACAGCCCAUGAAUCCAGCUCAGAAUUUGGACAUGCCACAGAUGGUUUGCCCUCCAGUUCAUGCCGAGUCGAGACUUGCCCAGCCCAAUCAAGUUCCUGUGCAACCAGAAGCUACACAGGUUCCCUUGGUUUCCUCUACAAGUGAGGGAUAUACAGCCUCCCAACCCAUGUACCAGCCCUCCCACACGACGGAGCAGCGGCCACAGAAAGAGUCAAUUGACCAGAUUCAGGCUUCAAUGUCACUGAAUGCAGAUCAGACCCCAUCAUCAUCAUCGCUUCCAACUGCAACCCAGCCCCAGGUGUUCCAGGCUGGAUCUAGCAAACCUUUGCAUAGCAGCGGAAUCAACGUUAAUGCAGCUCCAUUCCAGUCCAUGCAAACAGUAUUCAAUAUGAAUGCACCUGUUCCUCCUGUCAAUGAGCCAGAAACCCUUAAGCAACAAAGUCAGUACCAGGCCAGUUAUAACCAGAGUUUCUCCAGCCAGUCUCACCAAGUAGAACAAUCAGAUCUCCAGCAAGAACAGCUCCAAACAGUGGUUGGUACUUACCAUGGUUCCCCGGACCAGAGCCAUCAAGUGGCAGGGAACCACCAGCAGCCUCCACAGCAGAAUACUGGAUUUCCACGUAACAGUCAGCCUUACUACAACAGUCGGGGAGUGUCUCGUGGUGGAUCUCGUGGGGCUCGAGGCUUAAUGAACGGUUACAGGGGACCGGCAAAUGGGUUUAGAGGAGGAUAUGAUGGCUACCGUCCUUCCUUUUCCAACACUCCAAACAGUGGUUACACGCAGCCGCAGUUUAAUGCUCCUCGGGAUUACUCCAACUACCAGCGGGAUGGCUAUCAGCAGAAUUUCAAGCGUGGCUCUGGACAAAGUGGACCUCGGGGAGCUCCACGAGGCCGUGGAGGGCCCCCAAGACCAAACAGAGGGAUGCCUCAGAUGAAUGCUCAGCAAGUGAAUUAAACAAAUUCACAGGAUGACAUGAAACGCCAAAAACACACUGGCCAGUGUACUAUACAUGUUACCAGAAGAGUUAUUAUCUAUUUGUUCUCCCUUACAGGAAGUUUGUUGUAAAGGGACUAUUUUCAUUACCCAUAAUGACAGGACUACAGUUGCCAGCUUCAUAUUACCUGGAUAUGGAAAGAAAUGAAACGACGUUUACUCUGCAUGUUCUGUCCUAAGCAUCAUUUUGAGCCUUGCACAUGAGAUUCAGAUUCCUCACCCUUGCUAAGAGUAAAGCAAAGAAAAAAAAAAGAAAAAAGAAAAAAAAAAAAAGGCAAUUUUCAGGGUGAUCCCAUCUCCAUGGUUAACUGAAGUGGCAGGAAAAAGCAAAGACUCACUUCUGACAUUUAAGUGAUGCAACAAUUUUGGAUAAAAACUACAAAUUCAUAAAGAUUUUCUUUGGUGGCAGUUGACUGCAUUUAAUGUUCCCGUGACAACAGGAUAGAAAAAGUGAAGUGUGGCUUGGUAGAGCAACUGCAUUUCAGCUUUUUCUUGUUGAAUUAAAGCACUGAACAGAGAAAGAUGUGUAGUGGUGCAUAUGCCCCUAAGUAGACAACUAGGCCCAUAGCUGGGUUUUGGUAAUCAGGAAUCUGGCUACAGCGCUCCCUGUGUCCUGUGGCUAGGGAUAGAAAAGCGCUUGCAUAACUGCUGCUCUAGUUGUAUGAAUUUAGAAACAACGAGAACAACAACAAAGCUUUGAUUUGGCACUUCAACAAAAUUUUGCAACGAAUAUGAGAGAGAAUCUGGACAGCCACUGUGUAUUUGAUGUGAAGUAUUCAGAUUUCUCUUUGGAACACAUAUAAAUUUCUUUGAUAGCAAUGACUUUUGUAAGGAUUGGUACUCUCUUAUCAUUCCUUAUGACCUGCACAUUGUCUGUCACUAAUACUUGACCUUGCUGUAUUAUCACCUAAAUAACUGAUGCCGGUACUGAUGGAAAUCUCUAAUGGAUAAUCAUAACACUUUUGGUCACAUGUCCUCUUGUCUUUCCUGCAGUCUUGAAGGUUUUAAGAAAUCUCAAAAUGCCCGCUGCUGCUGCCCUUUUAAUUGCUCUCUUUUGAAAAGCACCAGUAUGUGUUUGAAUUGAUUUCCCCUUUUAAGGGAAAUGACAGCCAGCAGUUACAGUUCUAAUGGUAUAAGCAAGACAAAUAAAACAUGUUUGUAAAAAUUGUAUCCUGGAACACUGGUUUUCAACGACUGAAACAAAUUUAAUGUAAUGUGUGACAUGUGAGGCUUCCCUUCCCCCCCUCCCCCCAACAGAAUAGACUUAAGCCCUCUUGCUCUCUUUCUAACUUCAGUCUUACAGCUGUGACUUGUUCUGGGAAGCCUUUUUCUUUAUGGACACUUUCCUUUUCAUCAAGGCAGCAAUGUAUAGAAGAAUUAGCAUAAGACUAGGAGCUGGAAAAUACCAAGUCUUCUUUGAGUUUUACUGCAUACUUCUUGUAUCCUCUUUGGAAAAUCACCUGUGCCUACCUUUUGCGCACAUGCACUCUCUCUGCAGGGGGGAGAAUAUGUUGAUAGCUGCCUCCAUAGAGGUGUUGGUCCUUCCUCCGCGUUCUGUAGCACGUGCAAGUGCUGUGUGUUAAGUAUCGCUCAGCCAACGAUUCCUACCUGUGGAAAGGUCCCAUGAAGGAACAGCUACGACUUGUUUGACUGUCAUAGAUAAAACUGAGGAUUGUUUUCGUGCAGAAAGUCAUUUCUACUUUGUAUCACAACUGAACUUUCAGAACUUUUAGGCAGAUUUUUUUUUGACUUUGUUGUAAAAUAAUUUGAAACUCCAUAUAAAGGGUCAUUGUGUUUUGACAUGUUGUGUGUGUGAAGAGCACAAAUGAGAAAUCUGUGUUUACUGAGAGAAGUCGUAAGCUUGUGAAGACGAUAUUACACACCAGACACCUGGAAGCGAUGCUGAUGGCUAGGAGCAGCAGUCGUAGUGGAGGCCUAGAGGCAUUCCUUGCCAGUAUGAUGAUAGAAGUAAUGAUACAAGUUUCAGUUCUGCAGCUCUGUGACUUUUCUAGGAAGCUACUAAUGAGAUAAUAGUACUAACUGCUUUUUUUUUUUAAAAAAAAAGUGGAAAAAUAAAUAGACAAGCUUUUCUUAGGGUUGAACUCAUACAGAAAAAGUGAUUAUUUUUUCCCCCUUCCAUCAGAUAACUUGUAAAUGGUUAGUAGAACACAAGCAAUUCAGCUUUUUCCAUUGCGUACCAAAUGCUUUUUCAAUAGCUUGUUCUAGUUUCACAGUAAACUUGCAGCAUACUGAAUUAGAGACCACCUUAAGGAUGAGAACAUUCCCCUUUAGGGCUGUCUUUAAGCAUAACUUAAAUGUGUUGAUGAAAUGUAGGUAGUUGUGAGGCCUCUACUUUGAGGUGUAGGUUUUUCUUGUAUGGAAAUGGUCUUGAGCGUAGCUGUUCUCUGUAUGCUGAUAGAGAUGUGUUAUAAUAACCAUAGAACAAGUAAUUUGGACAUGGUUAAUUAGGGAAUAUGCUCAGACUCCUUUAGUCUCAGUAAAUGCAGCUAAUAGUGUGCUGAAAAGCUGCCUUGGAUCACAGUGUGGCGCAUGGAUCUGUUCAGGGGAUCUGUGUGUCAGUUAGGGGUUAAUUGCACCUAUCCAUAGUCUUCUGGUAGAGCUUCCCCCGCUGCAGUGCAGAUGCAGAAGAGGUUUUGGAGAGUUACAAUUAGAUAGAAAGUGGUGAGAACUUAAGAGCUCUUUGGUAUCUACCUCCCCGCCCCAGCUUAGCUCUACAUGUGAGUCGCAUCUAGAUUGCGAGCACUUCCACCCACCAUUCCUUCCAAGAGACCUAAUUUUGAAGAGCGAGUGCUAAACGUGCGCGACCAUCGAGAGGCAGAAAGGCAGUUCUGGGCUGGCUUUGUUGUAGAGCCUGUGCUGUCUGCCAGCACGAACUGCGUUCAGUCUAGGGAGCUGUCGGAGCUGAUGCCCGUGGUUGGGGAGAGGGGACGAGCAUAACGGAGCGCUGUUCCUGAGCCUCUAUGUAGACACAUCACUUGCACACCUUCUGUUUGGUGUUUUUAUUGAUUCCUCUGUGAAUCAGUCUCCUAGGAAUGUAACAGACCAGUCAUGACUGGCUUCUGCAUAUACAGCUACUAUGAGGAGAGGGUGGUUUUAUUCAUUUGUUUUUGUGUUUUAAUUUCCCCUGGAGCUUGUCUUUAAUAUUGCUAGGCUGUGAUAACAUAUGGUAGUGUGCGUUUGAGAACCAACUUUCAGCUUCAGUGUCCUAUUUCCUUUUGUCUGUAAUACAGUAAUUCUUGAGUAAAUCAGUUAUGAAUACUGUAGAGCCUUUCUAUGUUUCUGUUUAAAGUUACUCUGUCUGGGAAACUCAGAUUCUUCCUAGAUAUCCCACAACUUAAUUUAAUUCAAGAAUCAUGAACUUCAGUCUCUCACCUAAUGUCUAUUUUGUCCUGCGUUUUUACGUUUUUACUUAGAUGUUUUUCUUGUGUACUGGCUCUCUUAAGAAAUGUUCACCAGUACAGCUCUUGGAUUUCACUAUAAAGUGUUUUCGACUUGUUAUCUGCUGUUUUCUUUCCAAGAAACUGCCUUGUGUACAGCAAUUUCUAGAACACUGUACUAUCCUGACUAGCUGUGAGAGGGGGUCUUGACUUGUUAGCCGAUAAUGUAUUCUGGUGGCAUUUCUAGCUUUUCAUGACCUUAAAAGCUUACCCUCUUAACAUGUCCUGUCUAUCUUAUUUGCCAGAU